GGAAAUCCCAGAGAUGGAUUGUUGGAAUGAAAUGCGCGCUCUCAACCUGGAUGGAAGGAUCCUGCUAACCUAAUUCCGGAGAGUAUUAGGCGCAGAUUGGCAGGAGCCAAGGCUUGGGAACCCUCUCUGCUAGCUUGUCAUUCUUAGCCCCAGUCUGUCCACCCAAGGUUGCUAUUAAUAACUCAAUUACCAUUUGGCCAAAAUUGCAAAAGAAAUUCAUCAAAUUACAGACGAUAGGUUCACUACUGCUUUUUCAAAAUGACUAAUAUCAUCUCAGAUCCUCCCAGGGAUGGAGGCGAGGAGAUACCUAUAUAGAGAGAACAAACUUAGCCCAGGCGGCAAAGCAGAUUUCAACCACAGGGCAAGAGCGGGCCACCAAAGCACUGUUCCCUCUUCACCAUGAAGACUUGGCUCCUGAGUCGUGCAUCAAACAGUCAGUACAGCACCAUCUCCCCCACAGACACCCAUUCCCCUCAGCAACCUCCCGCAAGGAAAACCAGCAAUGCCAGACUUUACCUGGCCGUCUUCACUGUCACCCUGGGGAACUUCAGCUUUGGCUACUCAAUAGUUUACUCCUCUCCUGCUCUCAAACAGCUAAAUGAAACUUCCAACCCACGCCUUCAUUUGGAUGAUACCAACAAGUCUUGGUUUGCGUCAUCAUACACUCUGGGGGCAGCAUUCGGGGGUUUCAUGGCCAUUUUGCUGAAUAACUGCCUGGGCCGUAAGACGAUCAUCCUGGUGUCCAUUGUGCCCUGUGUUGCCGGCUUCGCCUUAAUGGCCGCUGCUCAAGCCAUCUGGAUGCUUGACUUUGGACGUACAUUAACAGGAAUAGCUGGAGGCAUCUCUGUGGCUUCCAUACCGAUGUAUGUAUCUGAGAUAUCUACCGUGGAGGUGAGGGGAAAGUUGGGAGCUGGUGCUCAGAUCAUGACUGUCAUUGGAUCUUUUUUGCUGUACCUGCUCGAUCUGAGGCUGUCGUGGCGUUGGCUGGCUGGGUUGGGUUUGAUCGCCCCCGUGGUCAUGUUCGUUCUCCUCCUCUUCAUGCCCGAGUCUCCGCGCUAUUUGAUCUCUGCAAACCAGAAUGAGAAGGCCAUCCGCGCGCUGGUCUGGCUCCGAGGACCGGACGCUGAUUGCAGGAGGGAGUUCGCGGAUAUCAGAGACGCUGCCAGGGAAAACAUGAAGAGAGUCUCGUGCGCGGAUCUGAAGCAGCCCGGCAUCUACAAGCCGGUGCUGAUGGUGGUGAUCAUGUGGGCGCUGCAGCAGCUGAGUGGCAUCACCGUCAUUCUCUUGUACAUGGAAUUAAUCUUCAGCCAAACCCAGGUGGUGCUGGUGAGUUCACACCAGACGCGUUACACAGCCAGGGACAGGCGCUACAUAUUAUUAUCUCUUCGACUGCGCUUUUGCCCACAGAGCGGGAACGCCGACAGUCCCAUCGUGGGUGUUGUGCGUUUGUUGGCUGUCCUGGUCACAUCCUGGCUCCUGGACAGAACCGGGCGCCGCAAACUACUCUUCGCCUCAGGCCAAGCAAUGGAUAACGUGACAGUCACCUGUUUGGCUGGUCCCCAGGUGACACCAGCAGGCCUGACCCUCAUCCCCCUCCUCAGUAUCAUCAUCAUGGUUUUCGGUUACUCCCUGGGCUGGGGGCCCAUCACCUGGCUGAUGACUUCAGAGUUGCUCCCAAUUCGGGUCCGGGGGCAGGUGUCUGGCCUCUGUGUCCUGUUCAGCUGGAUCCUCUCCUUCCUGAUCGCAAACCAGUUCCUGGCAGCGCAGCAUCACCUGGGUUGUUCCGUCCCCUUCUUCUUCUUUGCUGCCAUCUCCCUGCUCAGCCUGGUGUUCACAGCGCUGUUCAUCCCCGAGACCAUGGGCUUGACCCUGGAGGAGAUCGAGGAAUACUUUCAGCCAAUAUCAACAACAAGACAAGCAUGAGACACUCAUCUCAGAGCAGCAACGCAGCUGCUGAACUGUACUGUCCAGACGGACUCCCACACAGCACAGGCUAGAUACAGAGUAAAGCUCCUGCUACGGUGUCUGUCCACACUCGCAGCUCAAUGACAGCACGGGUUAGAGACAGAGUAAAGCUCCCUCUACGGUGUCCGUCCAGC